UCUGCCUUUGCCUCUAUUCCCGCUUUCCACGUCCAUACGCUCAUUUUCGACAACCGGUUGCGAUACUAUUCAUUCGUUCGUUGACAACCAACAACAAACCAACUACGACAUCAAGUCAACCAACACUCUCGCUUAUCACCAACAAUGGCCCGUUCACUCGCUCUUCUCGCCCUGGCCAGCGGCGCUUUGGCCGCCCAGUCCACCACCGUCGGUCUGCUGCUGCCCUAUGCCGAUAUCCAGACCAUCGACGCCUCAAUCAUCGGUGCCGAUAGCACGGCCACCACGUACCUCGUUGGCUGCCCCAAGGGAGAGGACUCCAGCGACUGCGGAUUCGCUACCAGCCAGACAAUCACUCAGGGCCCGUCCACCUGGAUCUACACAGCAACCUUUAGCGCCGACCCUGCUGAUGAGACUGACCUUUCAGGCUCUGAAGUCCAAGGAGGCUCGUGCAAGCUCAACACCAAGGCCGACGCCGCCGACUGCACCAUGUACAUGACGGCCACCGUCACCGGCUCCGUCACUUCCACCACCUCGGCCACCACCAUGACUUUCCUCGACGUCCAGACCCCCGUUACCGUCACCGCCGGCUUCGACAAGCUCAAGGCUGCUCCUGGCUCCACGGCCACAGAUGCCUCGACCACUGCUCCCGCCAGCACCGACGCUUCUUCCACCGGCCCUGCACAGACUACUCUUUCCAAGCACACUUCAACCGGAACUCAGACUGGUUCCAGCACCAGCAAGCCCACCAGCACCAACGCUGCCGGCAUUGUGAACAGCCAGGGCGGUCUAUUGGCUGGUGUCGCCGCCAUUGUUGGUGGCGCCAUGAUGCUGUAAACGGAUCAAGGGGCUUGUUGAGGGAAGCGGAUGGAGAGGCCAUUUUCGGAGGAUUGAACAUGAUAAUUGUGGGUUAUUAUACUUUUCAUGAGGCUUUGUACAAAGCAGUUCUUUUUACUCUUUGACGUCUUGAGAUAUUACGUGGCAAUGCAUGUGAAGAUGCAAGAAAUACGACAAUGAGCAGCAUAUUUUUUCUUCUUUAUUUAGCGAUAACUUGAGUUAGAAUGAAAGGCAACAAGGCGCAUUGUUUUCACCAUCAA